AUGGCUUCAUCAAGCUCUUACAACUCUCCCUGUGCUGCCUGCAAGUUCCUGAGGAGGAAAUGUAUGCCAGGCUGCAUUUUUGCACCUUACUUCCCGCCAGAGGAGCCUCAAAAAUUUGCCAAUGUUCACAAGAUCUUUGGAGCAAGCAAUGUGACGAAGCUCCUCAAUGAGCUCCUCCCUCACCAGAGAGAGGAUGCAGUAAACUCCCUUGCCUAUGAAGCCGAGGCAAGAGUAAGGGACCCGGUUUAUGGCUGUGUUGGUGCUAUCUCCUUUCUCCAGAGACAAGUUCAAAGGCUCCAGAAGGAACUUGAUGCUGCCAAUUCUGAUCUGGUUCGGUUUGCCUGCAAUGAAAUCCCAACUGCAUUGCCUGCACCACCAGGAGCAAGCUCAAUUCAAUCAAUGACUCCUCGUCAAAGGCCAGUUGACUAUAACAGAAGGAUGGGCAGUGAAGGGGGUUACUAUCAAGCUCCUGGCAUGACAGUUCCUUAUACUUUUCCUUGGAAUGAUAACCCUUCAGGGGAUGCCAAUGGAGGAGGAGGAGAAGGAAACAUGUGA